AUGGAUGCUGGAAAACUGGUAAGUGAUGAAACGGUCACGGAGCUCAUUGAGAAGAAUUGGGAGAUCUCUCCAUGUAGAAAUGGUAUUCUUCUAGAUGGCUUCCCUCAGACUGUGAGGCAAGCAGAAAGGCUUGGUGACCUCAUGGAGAAGGGGAAAGAGAAGCUUGAUUCUGUGAUUGAGUUCAGCAUCCCAGGCUCUCUGCUGAUCCAGAGACUCACAGGAAGGCCCCAGAGUGGCCAUUCCUACACAAGGAGUUCAACCCCCUUACGGGGUCCACGAAAGAUGGUAUCAGAGGAACCCUUGAUCUGCCGAUCAGAUGGUAAUAAGAAAGCCUUGAAAAUCCACCCCAAGACCUACCACACUGAGACCACCCACUGGUGGAGUAAGACAGUAAAGGGGCUCCGCUCUGCCAUCCAUGCAUCCCAGACCCAUGAUGUCCUCUUUGCAGCAUCCUAG